AUGUCAUCCACCACUGAAACACUAUCACUGGUGUUGGCGGCGGCGGCGACAGCGGCGCCCGGAGCUACCGUCGCCGAAAGCACCCAAUCAGCAACAGCAGCGGCAGUAGCCCCCGGCACCGUCCCCCCUCAACCGCCGCCGCCGCCGCCGGCACCGCCAGCACCACCGCCUAGUAUUACCUUGUCCGUUCCGGAAGGUGUGACAGUGGUCUUCGCCGAGCGGAAACGCACCGGCCGCGUCGCUGGCGCCAAAUACAAGGCCGACGGCACGCCGUACAAACGCCCCGGCCCGCCGCCAAAGCCGCCGCACGAGAAGGCCGCGUACAAGCAGCGGGCGCCGGUGAAACGGGUGGAGCGGUCGUACACAGACCAGCGGUGCAGGGAGGCGAUCCUGUUCCUGGAGAACCACAAGAUGGCGUGCGAUGAGGACGGCGUGCGGGCGCGGAGGACGUGGAACGGCGGUCGCGAGGACCAGCAGCCGCCGGCGGAGAAGGGGUACCGGUGGCCCACCCUGAAGGAGGCGUCGGAGUGGUUCAAGGUGCCCGAGAGGACGAUCCACAGCUGGUGGAAGAGGCGGGACAAGAUCUUUGGGAGGGCGCCGAGGAAGCUGACCAAGGUCGAGCAGCGGCGGCUAGCAGAAGAGGAGGAGAGGAGGAGGAGGGAGGACGAAGAGAGGAGGGCGCUGUUGGAGGCCAUCGGGUGGCCCGCAGAAAGGCUUCCUGCCGGUGAUCCUAGAGCUCAUAUUGCCUCUGUUGACGGUAGUGGCGGACAGGAAGAGGCGAUGGAAAGCCUUGGAGGGGCAUCGGAGGGUGUGCUGAUGCAGAGGGAAAGGCAAAGCGAACCUUUUGGCGCGGCGGGGAUAUCGUCGUCGGAAGGUAAGCUUGCCGUCGCAGGGUCAACGGCCAAUUCCGAGGGAACGAUUGCCGGGGGCACACCCGCCGUGAGUGUCCCCAGCUUUGCUAUCAGCGAAGGUUCGCGAGGGGGUUCUGUUGCGACGCCCUCGACGUCGACCUCUCCUGAUCGAGGCUCCCGUGAGACAUCGGCGGCAUCGACCGCCCAAACCUCUCGGUCUGACAUGGCCGUUUUGGCUGUGACAGGAGACACGGAUAGCUCGCAGUCCAGGUUCGUCUUUCAGGGUGCUGCAGCGAGAGGGGAUGAGAGCGAGGAGACGCUUGCUGCCAGGGAGGAAGCACCGGGCGGCGCGAGAUAAG